AUGAUUCAAUAUAUUCAAGAGAAUGGUGUGUCCAGUGAAGAUGAUUAUCAGUAUUUUGGUAAACGUGAAAAAUGGUGUACCAACGGUGGAACAGAACUUGGCAAAGUGUUCGUUCAACGAGUUGUUCGCAUUCCACGCAAUGAAACCUUAAUGAUGCACUAUCUUGCUGAGGUUGGACCAAUGACUGCAGAAGUGCCUAUAAUCGAGCCACUUCGACACUAUAAAGAAGGUGUAUUCCAUCCAUCAGAGGCGUUGUGCGCUGAAGCACCGAGCCGAACACAAACAAUGACUGUUGUAGGAUAUGGCACCCAAAAUAGCAAAAAUUAUUGGAUUCUGAAGAACAGCUGGGGCGAAACAUGGGGUAUGAAUGGCUACAUCUAUUACGAACGUGGAGUGGAGUCGUGCGGUAUCGAAGAAGGUGACUUAUUUGGUGUUGAGGUUCGAAAAGUUCCUGGCGUUGAAGCUGCCAACAAGCGUAGCGAUUGUCAUGAUCAUUGCAAUUGA